AUGGCGCUGCCGCUGCCGGGGGCGCCGCUCCGCACCGCGGCGCUUCCGCGUUCUGCCACGCCGAAACGCGUCCCCCGCCCCGGCCCCCGGCGCCUCGCCACGCGUUCCGCCGCAACUCAGGCGAUCCGACAAACCCCUGAGCGGCCUUGGCAGCGCGGGCACCGAGGAGAGUCGGUGACUCCCGCCCCGCAGCCCCUCUCGCCCCGCCUCGUAACCUGCAGGCGGGAGGGACGCGGCCGCGGCGCUACCGGCGGGCCGCUGUUUCCGGGGGGGACCGUAUUGCGGGCGGACCGCGGGCGGGCGGGCGGCGGCAGCGCGGGCCCCGCUCCCGCCCCGCUCCUCCCCUUCCCUGCCUGCCCUUCCCUCCCUGCCCUCCCCUCCUCUUCCCUUCCCUCUUCCCUUCCCGCCCUCUCCCUGGGCGGCCGGCGGGAGCCAUGCACGGCGGCGGCGGGGCGGCGGCGGCCGGGCGGCGGUAGCGGCGAUGGCGGGGCCGGGCGCGCUGCAGCGGGCGCGGCGCCUGUGCCACUGGGGCCCGGCGGUGGCGCUGGCCGUGGUGGCCGUGUGCUCCGCCACCGCCAUGGCCGACGCCGCGCUCUGGUACUGGCCGCUGGACACGGCCGGGGGAAGCGUCAACUUCGUGAUGCUGCUCAACUGGACCGUCAUGAUCCUCUACAACUACUUCAGCGCCAUGUUCGUGGGCCCCGGGAAAAAUCUCAGGAUUGCAUGUAUCUCCAAUACUGUAAAGUGUGUCAGUCUUACAAGGCACCUCGCUCACAUCACUGUCGGAAGUGUAACAGAUGUGUGAUGAAGAUGGAUCACCACUGUCCUUGGAUCAACAACUGUUGUGGAUACCAGAAUCAUGCAUCUUUCACUCUGUUUCUCCUCUUAGCUCCACUGGGAUGCAUUCACGCUUCUUUCAUAUUUAUUAUGACAAUGUACACUCAGCUUUACAACAGAAUAUCUUUUGGAUGGAGUUCUGUGAAGAUUGACAUGAGUGCAGCCAAAAGAGACCCUCGUCCCAUUAUUCCCUUUGGACUCUCUGCAUUUGCUGCAUCUUUAUUUGCCUUAGGACUGGCAUUAGGAACAACUAUUGCUGUUGGUAUGCUGUUUAUUAUCCAGAUGAAAGUCAUUUUGACAAAUAAAACUUCAAUCGAAUCCUGGAUUGAAGAAAAGGCCAAAGACAGAAUCCAGUACUACCAAACGGGUGAGACCUUUAUCUUCCCCUAUGAUAUGGGAAGUAAAUGGAAGAACUUCAGGCAAGUGUUUACAUGGUCUGGGAUUCCUGAGGGAGAUGGCCUGGACUGGCCAGUUAGAGAUGGAUGUCACCAGUACAGUUUGACGAUAGAGCAACUGAAACAGAAAGCAGACAAGCGAGUAAGAAGUGUGCGGUAUCGAGCCAUAGAAGAUUACAGUGGCGUCUGCUGCCCUGUGACUAAAGGUGUUAAAACAUUCUUCACAACACCGUGCACUGAAGAACCUAGAAUUGCACUGAGUAAAGGGGAUCUGAUUUUAGCCACCAGAGGCUUAAAACACUGGAUGUAUGGUGAGAAGAUUCUCAUCUCAGCUGCGGAUGACCUCUUGCUUUGGACUAAACAAAAGUUUUGCCUGCCAGAGGGUAUGUUGGAUUCUGUUGUUUCUUCCAAGCAACUGUUAAUUCAUUGCAUGUGCAUUUCAUAUUUGCACAAGCUUCCCAGAUGCUGAAAUAAAUCUUCCAUCCUCCUCAGCAUUGGUAGAGACACUGCUGAAAUACUCAUACAAGUAAAAGCAGUUACUGCAUCUCAAAAAAGAGGAAGAUCAACUAAUGAGAGGAAAACAGAGAAAAAUUACAAUAAUUAUAAUAAUAGAAAAUGUGAGUUAUAAGGAAAAGCCAAAAGAAUUGGGAUAGUUUACCUGGAAAGGAGUAGGAAAUGAGAGACAGCCUGGGUAUGAACAAAUAGUCAUCACCUGUGUGAAAGUCUGUGGUAGACAAGUUUGUUACCUGCUUCCUGUGCCCUUGCUGUGUAGAAAAAGGAGCUGUAAACCUGUUUUAUAGACAGAAAGAUUCAGAUAGUGUGUGAAGAUGAAUUUUUUCAAGAAAGGUAGAGCACUGAAAAGCUUUGGAGAUGUCUGAAAACAUUUUAGGUAGUUGGAGAGAAUCCAUGCAUCCCCAGGCAAUGAUGUUAGAAAUUACUUAGAUGUUCUGUCUUGUAGAAGAAAAUAACUUAGGUAAGUGCUUGAUGUCUCUUCCAGUCCUGUGUUUUUCCUCAGUAGUGGG